AGCACGUCAGGGUCGCAAGCCAAGGACGACCUGACAGCCUCCAUGCGCGCCAUUGAGGAGCUGUGGGUGAAGAUGCGGGCGAUAAAGGCGAAGGCGGAGCAGAGCGAGGUGAUGGUGCAGGAGAUAUGUCGCGACAUUAAGAAGCUCGACUGCGCCAAGAAGCACAUCACCGCCACCAUCACCGCCCUCAACCGCCUCGCCAUGCUCGGUGCGCCCCACACCAACGCCCACUCCCGCUGGCAUGCUGGCAGGGUGUUUGCGGUGGAUCGCCUGCAGGCGCUGGCAGCCAACCGGCAGUACCGCGAUGCCGCUGACCAGCUGCAGGUGGGGUGGCGUCAUGCCUGCCAUGUGCCUGCCAUGUGCCUGCCAUGUGCCUGCCAUGUGCCUGCCAUGUGUCUGCCAUGUGCCUGCCAUGUGCCUGCCAUGUGCCUGCCAUGUGCCUGCCAUGUGCCUACUAUGUGCCUGCCAUGUGCCUGCCAUGUGCCUGCCAUGUGCCUGCCAUGUGUCUGCCAUGUGCCUGCCAUGUGCCUGCCAUGUGCCUGCCAUGUGCCUGCCAUGUGCCUGCUAUGUGCCUGCCAUGUGCCUGCCAUGUGCCUGCCAUGUGCCUGCCAUGUGUCUGCCAUGUGCCUGCCAUGUGCCUGCCAUGUGCCUGCCAUGUGCCUGCCAUGUGCCUGCUAUGUGCCUGCCAUGUGCCUGCCAUGUGCCUGCCAUGUGUCUGCCAUGUGCCUGCCAUGUGCCUGCCAUGUGCCUGCCAUGUGUCUGCCAUGUGCCUACCAUGUGCCUGCCAUGUGCCGAAUCGCCAGAGUGAAUGCAGUGUAUGAAGGUCUGACUGACGCUGCCAUGGAACGGCUGGAGCUGCUCGCCUCCCAUCCCACCAUGCCCUUGCCAUGCCACCUCCCCCAACCAACACUACAGCGCACCCACAACCACCCUCGCCCACCAUGCCUUGCGCGCCUUCUCCCCUGCCCAUCCCAUGGUGUUGGUCACUUCGCCUGCGCCACAACCAUGCUGCACCUACCCACCUACCCUCCCACACCAAGCAUGCCAACUGCAUCGCUCCUCCAUGCCCCAAUCUCCCCAACCCCCCCUGCUUCACCCCCUCCAACCCCCCCCCAACGACGGCAGGCGGUGACGCAGCUACUGGCGCACUUUGAGGCGUACCGCGACAUCCCCAAGAUAGCGGAGCUGCAGGGGCGAGUGGCGGCGCUCAAGGCCACGCUCAAGUCGCACAUCUUCUCCGACUUCUCCACCCUGGGCACGCCAGUGAUGAGGGAGAACGGGCAGGUGAUGCAGCAGCUGGCGGAUGCGUGUCUCGUGGUGGCGGCGCUGGACGGUGAUGGCCACGCGCGGGACGAGCUGGUGCGCUCCGUGUGCAGCAAGGAGCUCACCGCGUACCAGCAGAUCUUCCAGGGCACGGGUCAGUACCAGCAGAUCUUCCAGGGCACGGAUGUGGCGUGGUUGGACAAGGUGGAGAGGCGCUACGUGUGGGUGAAGAGGCAGCUGAAGCUGAACGAGGACGUGUGGCGCAUCUUCCCGCCCGCCUGGCACGUGCAGCGCCUCCUCUGCUCGCAGUUCUGCCGCAUCACUCGGUGGGUGGGCUUUGUGGCAUGGGGAAGCCACAUGACACGGUGGGUGGGCAUGGGGCGUGGGGCGUCGGGCGCGUUGGAGCGCACGUUGGAGUUUGAGGACGACCUCGCCAAGCGCUUCCCCCCCGCGCCUGCCGGGGGCGCUGCCUCGCCCUCUUCGCCUGCUGCCGCUGCCCCCGCUGCUGCUGGCGCCGCUGAUGUGGAGGUCAGUGUGGUGGGCGGGAGGGAGGGAGGGAGGGAGGGAGGGAGGGAGGGAGGGAGGGAGGGAGGGAGGGAGGGAGGGAGGGAGGGAGGGAGGGAGGGAAGGGGGCAGGAGAAGGGAGAGAAGGAAGCAAGGGGUGGGAGAGGGGGCUUGCCAAAGAAGUUUUUACAAUUGCCUGUUCAUCCUUCAUUCAUUACAGUCACACUCUCCCAGCCCCUCCCUCAUUGCCACUCAUUUGCUGCUGCCUCGCUCCGUCCCCUUCCCGUCCGCACGUGGCAGUUUGAGUUCCAGGGGGCCAUCUCGGCGUGCUUUGAGCCGCACCUGGGGGUGUAUGUGGACCUCGAGGAGCGCACUCUGGCGGACACACUUGACAAGCUCGUGCAGGUGACAACUGGUGCAGGAGGAGACAUGGGAGGCGGAGGAGGGCAGCCAGACCAACAUCCUGCGCAGCAGCUCAGAGGUGGGAGGGCAGCACUCACAGAGGUGUUCAAGCGUGUGCUGCGGCAGUACGCCGCGCGCCUCAGCGCCCGCCUGCCCCGCGCUGCCCAGCCCACGGGGGGUGGCGAGUGGCAAGUCAAGUGGGGAGGGCCACGGGGAGCAGGCGGGACGGGGUGGGUGGGGAGGGCCACGGGGAGCAGGCGGGACGGGGUGGGUGGGGAGGGCCACGGGGAGCAGGCGGGACGGGCUUGCACCUAUGAAAGGAAAGAAGAGGCGAGGCGCACUCAUGUCUAUGUGCCCUGCUGCUGUCUGCCUGUGCCCACCCCGCACGCCUGUGCCCACCCCGCACGCCUGUGCCCACCCCGCACGCCUGUGCCCACCCCGCACGCCUGUGCCCACCCCGCACGCCUGUGCCCACCCCGCACGCCUGUGCCCAUGGGAGCGCAGAUGACAGAGAAGGAUGAGCGAGUGGUGUGUUACAUCAUCAACACAGCCGAGUAUUGCCAUGAGACGGUGAGUCCAGCUAUACUGCUCGUCACUCGAGCAUCUCUCCAUUCUCCCUUUCCUUUACAAUUCCUCCUUUCUUCUUCUUCCCUCUCGUUACCACCGCUUCUCAUUGCCACCCUCUCGUCUCCCUUGUGCCCCUUUCCACGCCACCUCCCUUCUCUCUCUCCUCCCCCCAUCCCCUCUUCCCCCCUGCCUCGUCUCUCCUUGGUGUGCAGCACAGCAGGCAGGGAGUGCACGAGUGUCACCGGCGCGACUGCUCCACGGCCGCUUGCGUGCACCCACACCUCUCACGCCUCUAUCUCCCUACCCUCUCGUCCCCCCCACUUGGUCUCCCCGCACGGCAGGCGGCAUAGCUGGCGGAGAGCGGCGAAUCGCGUCGUUGCGACGCUGGUGGGCUCACACUCAUGCAACGGCAAUCACCUCUCGUCCCCCUCGUCCUCUCCUCCCCGCACCCCACCAUCGACCCCGCUUGUUGUCCCCUUGUGGCAGGCGGCACAGCUGGCGGAGAGUGUGGCGAACCGCAUCGAUGCGGCGCUGGUGGGGUCCGUUGACAUCAGCGAUGAGCAGGAGGAGUUUUCAAGCGCCAUAACGCGUGCGCUGGCGGUGCUGGUGGCAGGGCUGGAGGGGCGGCUGGAGGGCGAACUGGACCGCAUGGCCCGCAUGCCCUGGAGCACCCUCGAGUCCGUGGGCGACCAAUCCGAAUUUGUGAACAACCUGAGCGCCAUCUUCUCCAACUCCAUCCCCAUGCUGGCAGGGCUGCUCUCGCCGCUGCACUUCCACUUCUUCCUCGAUAAGGUGCGCCCCUCCACCUCCGUAAGGUGCUAUUUCCGCCUCAGUGCUUUGCCAUUGCAGGAGUGA